UCUACAGUUCUUUAAAUAACAGUAAUUGUGGUGAGACAGCUGGAGUGUUAUCAAUUGGUUUACAAGUUUAGUGUUAUUUAUACAAAUUAUAUUAAUGAUUAUUCAUUAAUUAUAAUAAAUUUUCUUGAACAUUAAAAAAUGUUUACUUUUUUUAUAUUCAGUAUAAAAUGUUAUCAAAUUUUGGUUAUAUUGAAGUUGACUAUUUUAAUCGGAGGUGUGAUUAUUUCAGCAAAUGGGGCAAAUAAAAACGAUAAUACAGAUUAUUUAGAAUAUGAUGAAGGGCACGAGGGUACAGUACGCACAAUAACAAAAGAUCGUGGUCUUUUGGAACCGUGUGGAGAUUUUAGACCCGGCGAAGAUGAUCUUCAAGUAAUUGAUUUCAUAAGAAAAUUUGGUUUAGAUUCGAAUGAAGAAAUUGCUAAACAUAGAUUUACUAGAGUCCAAGGUUCCAACCAUUUUCAAACUGCUUAUCGAGUAGAAAAAACGACUCAAUUAAUCAUGUCAACAAGAGAUGUAUUUCCAUUCGGUAUUCCUCAACAAUUUUCUUUUGUUGCCACCUUUAGCGCAAAAACAUUGAUAGAUACUAAUUGGCAUAUUUUAAAGAUAACUGAUUAUCAAAAUAAGACUUGUUUGCAAAUCACCUUAAAUCAAGAAAAGAAAAACGUUGAAUUUUCAAUAGUGAAUUAUGCUGGAUAUCUCCAAACGACUUCAUUCGAAGCGAUUAAUAUUUUUGACAAACAUUGGCAUAAGUUACAUUUUGGAGUGUUUUAUGAUCAAGUCGUUUUUUAUAUAGAUUGUAAGCAAAUAAAUAUAAAAGUAUUAGAACCGAGGGGAACAAUUGAUAUUCUUGGAACUACAGCUUUAGCAAUAGCAACAAAUUACCAAACUGCAUCGGUAGAUUUGCAAUGGAUUACUUUAAGCUGUGACCCGACAAAACCUCAUCGUGAAAAAUGCGCAGAACUUCAUUUCGAUGAAGAGUUACAAGUGCAAGCUUCAUCAAAACCUACAAAAUGUGCAGCAGCAAAGGAAAUUAAAUGCAGCAAAGAUCUAUCUGGACUACCAGGACCUCAGGGACUAAUCGGUCCUCAAGGUUUGCCAGGUUCACAAGGACUUCAAGGAUCGAUUGGUCCUCAAGGUAUACCUGGCCCACAAGGACCACCGGGAGUUCCCGGAUUAGAAGGUUCUCGAGGAUUACCUGGAAGUCCAGGUAUACCGGCACUACCAGGUCUGCGUGGCGAAAAAGGAGAACCGGGUGAGCCUGGCCCACCUGGUAUGAAAGGAGAACCCGGACAACAUGAAGUAAAAUAUAUAAGACCCGGAAAUAUUGGCAUGUCUGGUGAGAAGGGAGAACGAGGAGAACAAGGAUUACCAGGUCCUGUAGGUCAUAGUGUUUCAGAAAUUGAAAUAAAAGAAAUAUGCCAAGCAAUUUUAAAAGAACAAAUAACAGAAAUCACAUCAACAUUGGUUGGACCACCAGGACCUCCAGGUAGAUCAAUUGUAGGAAAACCUGGAUCCCCUGGUAUCCAAGGUCCUCCAGGUGAACAAGGACCACCUGGUUUAGGUUUACUAGGUGAACGCGGCUUUCCAGGAUCUCCAGGAUUACAAGGACCUGCUGGGCCAGAGGGUCCUAUAGGACCUAAAGGAGAUAAGGGAGAUCGUGGUAAUGAAGCCAUCACAUAUGAAGGCCCACCUGGACCACCAGGACAACCCGGACCAAUUGGCACACAUGGCAGGCCAGGAGAUAGAGGAGAGCCAGGUCGACCGGGUCCAGUGGGUCCGCGAGGUUAUCCUGGUUCUCAAGGUGCACCAGGCUAUUGUGAAAUGUGUAAUAAUAUGUAUUAUCCAGCAAGAUUACCACCAGCUGGAAAUUUCAAAGGACCAUAAGUUUUACUGUAAAAUUAUCGUAUAUUUAUUCAAAAAUGUUUCAAUAUCAAAAAUUAAAAUAAAUAUCUAUUUUAAGUGUUUGAAA